ACCCCUCCCCAUCCCGCAGAAGCUGUCACCAUUCAAAAUCCUCACAAGUCAAAGUAAGGACGCUCCACGUCAUUCACGUCUGUUUGUUGCUGACGUCAUUCAUAGUUCUGAAAUUGUGUACUGUCAUAUAUGAUUAUUUCAUUGGUCUAAAUGCUUUUUCUCCCUCGUAACAGAUAUGUUAAUGAUGUGGGUGAGGGACAUAUGGAGAGAAGAUGAGGCCAAGAGAAAGACUGAGAGUGGGGGCAAUAGCGAAAGGGAGAAAAAAGAGAAAGAAAGUGAGGGUUCAGAGAGAAGCAAAAGACAAUGCUUUAAUUGGUGUAGGGAAAAAAAAGCUGUUUUGGAAGAGAAAUGGUGUGACAGAGAGCUAGAGUAAUAGAGACAAAACAAAAAUCAAUGGUUAAGAUUCAGAAAGCGAUCUACAGUUAAAAGAGUAAAGGAAAGAGAUACAGAUGAGGGAGAGUGAGUUCUGGUGAAUGUCUGUGUCGAGAGGGAGUGAGAGCCAUGGGGUGUGAGACGGCAACGGAAGAUAGAAAAAGAGAUGGGGUUAAAAGAGAGAUGCUGUAAGAGAUAGUGAAUCGUUAUAUGUUAAAAGAGUGGGUGAGUGAGAGAACGCUACAGUGUGAGGAAGAGAGCUAUGGUGUGUUUGUGAGAAAGCAAAUGAGAGAGCUAGGGAGAGAGAGAGCGGGCGAGAGGAGAGAGCGAACCAGUGCGAUAGAGCAACACGCGCUCAAGAAGACGAGGGAAGGAGGGCAAGCAGUAUGUCUCGAGGAUUCAGGCCCACGCACACGUGGCCCAGGUGUGGCAUCCACAGGUGGCUGGGAUAAACACGACCGCAGCUGCUAUGCGCUCACCGUCGGCACACCCCCGCUAAAGAUGGCUCCCCUCGCGCUGCUCCUACUUCCCGCCUUGCUCUCCCGCCUCCCCUGCCACGCCGCGGGCAUCCAUGAACGGGCCGCCGUGCCUCGCGGCGUCUCCCGCUUGGUGGCCCGCAUGGACGGCGACGUCAUCAUCGGCGCCCUGUUCUCCGUGCACCACCAGCCGUCGGCGGAGAAGGUGGCCGAGCGCAAGUGCGGGGACAUCCGCGAGCAGUACGGCAUCCAGCGCGUGGAGGCCAUGUUCCACACCCUGGACCGCAUCAACGCCGACCACCAUCUCCUGCCCAACAUCAGCCUUGGCUGCGAGAUCCGGGACUCUUGCUGGCACUCCUCCGUGGCUCUGGAGCAGAGCAUCGAGUUCAUCCGAGACUCGCUCAUCUCCAUCCGGGACGACAAGGACGGCUCCAAGUGGUGCGUAGACGGCCAGUCCCACUCUAGUCAACCGCCGCCCACCAAGAAGCCCAUCGCCGGUGUGAUCGGACCGGGGUCCAGCUCAGUGGCCAUCCAGGUCCAGAACCUGCUACAGCUCUUCAACAUCCCACAGAUCGCUUACUCGGCGACCAGCAUCGAUCUGAGCGACAAGACACUGUUCAAGUACUUCUUGAGGGUGGUGCCCUCCGACACCUUGCAGGCUCGAGCCAUGCUGGACAUCGUGCAGCGCUACAACUGGACUUAUGUUUCUGCUGUACACACUGAAGGGAACUACGGCGAGAGCGGCAUGGAGGCCUUCAAGGAGCUGGCAUCCCAGGAGGGCCUGUGCAUCGCCCACUCGGACAAAAUCUACAGCAACGCUGGCGAGAAGCAGUUCGACCGCCUCUUGAGGAAACUGCGCGAGCGUCUACCCAAAGCGCGUGUGGUGGUUUGCUUCUGCGAGGGCAUGACCGUACGCGGCCUCCUCAUGGCCAUGCGACGCCUGGGGGUGUACGACGAGUUCCUCCUGAUCGGCAGCGAUGGGUGGGCUGACCGCGACGAGGUGGUGGAGGGUUACGAACAAGAAGCCAAGGGAGGCAUCACCAUGAAGCUGCAGUCCGCAGUGGUCAAGACUUUUGAUGACUACUACCUGAAGCUGCGACUUGACACCAACACCAGGAACCCUUGGUUCGCAGAGUUCUGGCAGUAUCGCUUCCAGUGUCGUCUGCCUGGCCAUCCCCAGGAGAACAAGAACUACAAAAAAGUCUGCUCUGGAAACGAGAGCCUUCAGGAAAACUACGUUCAGGACAGCAAAAUGGGCUUCGUCAUUAACGCCAUAUACGCCAUGGCGCACGGCCUUCACGACAUGCACAGGGAGCUGUGCCCGGGCCAAACGGGGCUGUGCGAGGCCAUGGACCCCAUCGACGGCAGCAAGCUUCUCGACUACUUGCUUAAGACGUCCUUCAGGGGAGUCUCCGGGGAGGACAUCUACUUUGACCAAAAUGGAGAUACCCCUGGAAGGUACGACAUUAUGAAUCUGCAGAACGUGGAGGACGGCCGCUACGACUACAUCAACGUGGGCUCCUGGCACGAGGGCGUUCUGAGCAUUGACGACAACAAACUGUGGAUGAACAGCAGUGACAUGGUGCGCUCGGUUUGCAGUGACCCAUGUUCCAAAGGACAGAUCAAGGUGAUCAGGAAGGGUGAGGUGAGCUGCUGCUGGAUCUGCACCACGUGUAAGGAAAAUGAAAUAGUCCUGGAUGAGUUCACUUGCAAAGCUUGUGAACUGGGAUGGUGGCCUGCUGAUGACUUAGCAGGUUGCCAGCCACUGCCACUGAAGUAUCUGGACUGGGCCGAUGUUGAAUCCAUGGUGGCAGUGGCGUUCUCCUGCGUGGGAAUCCUCAUCACUUCCUUUGUGACGUUCGUCUUCAUCCAGUACCGCGACACUCCCGUGGUCAAAUCCUCCAGCCGAGAGCUUUGCUACAUUAUCCUGGCGGGCAUCUUCCUAGGCUACAUCUGCCCGUUCACUCUGAUCGCCCGGCCUACCGUUCCCUCCUGCUACCUGCAGCGCCUCCUGGUAGGCCUGUCGUCGGCCAUGUGCUACUCGGCGCUAGUGACCAAGACAAACCGCAUUGCUCGCAUCUUGGCGGGCAGCAAGAAGAAGAUCUGCACGCGCAAGCCACGUUUCAUGAGUGCUUGGGCGCAGGUUAUCAUCGCUUUCAUGCUGAUUAGCGUCCAACUCACGCUGGAGGUCACCCUCAUUAUCCUGGAGCCGCCCGAACCCGUCAAGUCGUACCCAAGCAUUCGCGAGGUCUACCUCAUCUGCAACACCAGCAACCUUGGCAUGGUGGCACCGCUGGGCUACAACGGCCUGCUCAUCAUGAGCUGCACUUACUACGCCUUCAAGACGCGCAACGUCCCGGCCAAUUUCAACGAGGCCAAAUACAUCGCCUUCACCAUGUACACUACUUGCAUCAUCUGGCUGGCGUUUGUGCCCAUCUAUUUCGGCUCCAACUACAAAAUCAUCACCACCUCCUUCUCCGUCAGCCUUAGCGUCACCGUGGCGCUGGGCUGCAUGUUCACGCCCAAGAUGUACAUUAUCAUCGCCAAGCCCGAAAGGAACGUACGAAGCGCCUUCACCACAUCCGACGUGGUGCGAAUGCACGUCGGGGACGGCAAGUCGGCUGCGGCGUGCGGCACCAACAGCUUCCUCAACAUGUUCCGCAGGAAGAAGCCCGCAGCUGGCAACGCCAAUUCUAACGGCAAGUCUGUGUCAUGGUCUGAAUCAGGUGCAAGACACCCUCCGAGCGGGGGCAAUGUGUGGCACAGACUGUCUGUGCAUGUGAGGAAACAGGAAGCCGGCCUGAAUCAGACGGCAGUCAUCAGACCCCUAACUAACACGCCCGACCCCCACAGUUGUCAGCCCCCUGCCGCCACCGCUGCCCGCGACCUUGGCACAGACCCUCGCCCGCCCCCGCAAGAGCCGCCACCCUCUGCCCCGCCUGCUCCGUACACAGGCCCCCUGGUGGAAACUCACCGCUCGCACGCCCCGGCCCCUUCUCCUGGAGAGCCGUUGAUCUUUACAGAGCUCCCUUUGGGGACACCGCUCGAGGAGGGGGUGUCUCCGGAUGACCAGUUGGAACUUUUGCAUGAUUACAUGUAUGAUGCCAAGGAGGUGGAAGCGGAGGGGCAGAAGCUGGUCCUGGAGGACACCCCGGCUUUGUCCCCACCGUCCCCCUUCAGAGACUCGGUGUGUUCGGAGGAGUCCGCCCCGGGGUCCCCCACCAUGGAGUCCAUACUGGGGGGUCCCCACUACACCGCUCAAGCUCUCCGAGACUUUGCACACAGCUCCUCGACACUGUGAGAGCAAAAAAAAAAAAAAUGGUGCACAACAUUUGACAAGCUUUGAUUACUCCUAUUUAUUUGUUGAUCGAUGCCGACAUUUUUGCUUGCUUGUGUUUGUCGUUCGGUGUCCGUUAAAGACACACGUAGAAGAACGUGGCUGUGUUCGGAAUCACUCGUCAUCCACGUUUCUAGGUACUGGUAAAGUGUAGUGGCUCCCACUAAAUACGGGAUUCAUGAUACAUGCUACAAGAUGAUGGCAAAGCACUUUUCUAUAAGACAGGGACAAGGCCUGACUAAUUGAAGCUCCUCCCCACACUUCAACUUAGUUCCUUAGCACCAAGACACCAUAAAAUGGCACCACCAGCUCAUGUUCAUCAACUGUGUUAUAAUUUGGUGACCGGAGUAGUGUUGUGAAAGUACUUUACAAUCACUAGACACUCGCUAAUUAAAAGUCCUUUUAAAUUGAUUAGCAAGUAAGGAUUGAGUGAGUGAUUCUGAACAUAGCCCAUGUUUGAAGGGCUGUCAGCAAAAAAACAAUAGUGCCAAAACUCUUCAGCUUUUCAUGCCAAAUUUCUUGUAUGGUACCGUGCAAAAGUGUUGCAGUGGAGAUUAACAUUUGAUUAAUAGGGUUUAUACUACAGUGAUGAGUCACAGCAUGGCUAAAAAUUCUCCUGUUUUAGUGGUAACAGCAAACUUUUGCACCGUACUGUAAAUAAAGCAAAUCAUUGUGUGAUAAACCCUACUAAAAAGCUCAAAAACAGCACAAGGCAGUCCAAAUGUGCACUUUUUUUGCCUUUGUUUUUUAAAUUCACCUUAGCGAUCACAUCAGACCUCAUUUAAAUAUACAAAGAUGUUUUUUUUCUUAAAGUGCAGUAGGCUGCUUGGUUUUUCUGCUGCGUCUUGCGAGGUUUGAUUGGCGUCAACACGGCCACUCGUCUUUUCUCUGCGCUGUAGGUGGACAUAAGCCGUGCCAAUGCAGGUUGUUAGAGCAAAUUUGAGGCGUCAUUUGAUUUUUUUUAUGCUGUAAUGUCGUAAGAAGGCAAAAAAGUCAUCAAAAAUAUACAAAAAAACAAAAACACAGUAAUUGUAUUUGUAAUACUGUUACGCCAUCUCUUGUUUUU